CCGGAGGGGACGGAGGACGCGGACAUGUCUCGCUACACGAGGCCCCCCAACACGUCCCUGUUCGUCAGGAACGUCGCGGACGCCACCAGAAAAUCUAAACCAGUCCACAGUAGCUGGCAAGCGCCCCCCAGUUUGAACCAACCUGUUAGCUAGAAUCCAAGCAUAAACCAAGCAGGCAAGACAAAAGGCACCUAAAGUUCAAGCAUCAAGGAGUAAAGAGGGAGGGUGGACACAGAUAUAAAGACCUGGAAGAGGGGAAGUCUUUAUCAAGCAAAAGACAAAGCCAACACCAGGUUGAGACUUCGGCUUUCCUACAUUUACUCAGAGUUCCAGAGUCAAAGCCAAGUCUGAUUUUGUUGGUUCUGCGUCUCUUAUAAAGUCCAUCUUGCAAGCCAUAAAGAGUAAAGGUCAAGGUUCAAGAUCAAGUGAAAUUGAGAAUAAAGGCUUCUGCAUCCUGAUAUUUUCAGUGAAAAACCUGGUGGAUCCUUUAUCCGAAAGAAGGGAGUGAGUCCUGAACAGUUUAUAUUUAUAAUGCUAAUUUUGGACUUAAUUUUUUUCUCAUAUUUCAAAUUAUACUUGUAUAUUGCAACCACACAAGCAGUAUACAUUAAAAGUAAGUUACAUGUUUAUUUCUGUUUUUAUUUUUAGAUUCACUUUUCUAAAUCAUAAGUAGGAUAUUUGUUUUCAUAAUAAAAAAGUAAAACUGGGUUUUUUUCUGAUUAUUCAUAUUAUGUGGGAAAUGUGAGCUUAAUAACUUGAACUUGUUUCCUGUGUCUUCCAUUUCACAUGUAAAGAAUACUUUUCAAAUAUUUUUGCUUGAUACAUGAUGUUCAAAGUGUCCUUAACGGCUAGUCAUAUUUGAAGAUGUUCGAGAUGCUGAAGAUGCCCUUUAUAACCUCAAUAGAAAGUGGGUAUGUGGCCGUCAAAUUGAAAUACAGUUUGCACAAGGUGAUCGCAAAACACCAGGGCAGAUGAAGUCAAAGGAGCGGCACCCUUGCUCUCCCAGUGAGCACCGCAGGUCCAGGAGCCCCAGCCAGAGGAGGACGCGCAGCAGGAGCUCUUCCUGGGGGAGGGACCGGAGACGGUCCGACAGCCUGAAAGAGUCGCGACACCGGCGGUUUUCUUACAGCCAGUCUAAGUCUCGUUCCAAAUCACUACCAAGGCGGUCUACCUCAGCAAGGCAGUCAAGAACUCCAAGAAGGAAUUCUGGUUCCAGAGGACGAUCAAGGUCCAAGUCCUUACAAAAAAGGUCCAAGUCAAUAGGAAAAUCACAAUCAAGUUCACCUCAAAAGCAAACUAGCUCAGGAACAAAAUCAAGAUCACAUGGAAGACAUUCUGACUCCAUAGCAAGAUCCCCAUGUAAAUCUCCCAAAGGGUACACCAAUUCUGAAACUAAAGCACAAACCGCAAAGCAUUCCCAUUGCCGGUCACGUUCCAGAUCUCGGAGUUACCGUCAUAAAAACAGUUGGUGAACAGCAACAAAGGAGUACUACAUAGUCUUUAAUAUAAAUUAUUAAACCUCUUAUUAUGUUAAAUAAAAUUCUUCAAGGCUUACAGAAAAUGUGAAUUGAUACUAGUUACUUUGGGCAUAUGGAAGAAAUAAAAUCCUCUAGCUUUGGAUUAAUAAAGAUUUGGUUUCAAUGUAAGGGCCCACACCACAAAUUAUGAUGUGUCUGAUGUUACAUUUUACAUACCAUUUUUUGUUUACAUUGUAGCAGAAAGGUACUUUUCAAAGGAAGUGGGUAAAAUGGAAGUAAUUUAGAAAAUAAUUAGAUUUUAUUUUUUACUUUAAAGCACUUUACAUUCAUGUAAAAAGUAAUUAUGAGUAUAUAAUUACCUAAGGUGGACUUAAACUAUUUGACACCUAUUUCUCUGUUGUAUCUUCUAUUUAAACUUGGGCCAAUUCCUGGUGAGUAUUAGUUCAAAUUACAAAAUCUGAUUUCCCCAAAAGUAAAAUUUAUAUAGAGGUCAAAUAUCCAAAAGAUAAAUUUUUCCCCUGUGUUCAAGGAUACAUUUUUAUGGGGUAGAACAAUUUAGAUAUAGCAACAGGAAAUUCCAUCCUGCACCAAGUUCACUUCAGAAAUAUCAAAACAGUCAAUAAAUACUGAAUUUUGAUUAUGGAGUACAAAAAUCAAAAUGUAAAAAUAUUUAUAUUAAGUCUUAUACAUUUGAAGAGUGGUACAUUUUGUAUACAAAUCAUAUUUUA